AUGUCUACAGAACGACGCAUCAAAUCGCUCAAACUACGGCAGCGUAGUAUCCAGACGUCCUUCGAUCUCAUCAAGGCGUUCGUGAAUUCUUACGAGGACGAUACUGACGCCAGCCAAGUUCCGGUACGAUUAGAGCAUCUUGUAUCGCUCUGGUCAGACUUCAACAAGGUACAAACGGAGCUUGAAUCACUCGAUGAAGUCGGUAUUGAACAGCAGUUCAAGUAUCGCACCAGCUUUGAAUCGUCCUACUACAAAGUAAAGGGCUUUUUGCUCACCAUUAAUAAAACACCCGUUACACCAUGCGCCGCUUCUAGUUCUCUUUAUGCUGGUCAUUUCCCUCCAUCGGCAUCGCACGUGCGCUUGCCCGAUGUAAAGCUCCCAGUGUUCAAUGGAAACUUAGACAAUUGGCUUAACUUCCACGAUUUGUAUUUGUCACUUGUCCAUUCAUCGGCAGAACUAUCGAACAUACAAAAAUUCUACUACUUACGUUCUUCUCUGACUGGGGACGCUUUAAAAUUGGUUCAAACAAUACCCAUUAGUGCCAACAACUAUGCGGUAGCCUGGAACAUGCUAGUGGACCACUACCAGAACCCUGCGAGGCUGAAGCAGACCUAUGUGGAUGCCCUGUUCGACUUUUCCACCAUCAAGCGAGAAUCUGCGUCGGACCUACAUUCGCUCGUGGAGAAGUUUGAAGCCAACGUCAAGGUGUUGCAGCAGUUGGGCGAGCAAACGCAAUAUUGGGACAUCAUUCUUAUUCGCAUGCUCAGUAUACGACUGGACUCAACAACACGGAGAGACUGGGAAGAAUACGCCUCAACUAAGGACACAAUAUCGUUCAACGACCUCACAGCUUUCAUUCAGCGUCGCGUGACUGUGCUGCAAAAUAUUCACCCCAAAGCCGUCGAAGCACCGGCAGUAAAUAAUAACGUGAAGAAGCCAAACUUUCGUCCAGUUGCUAGUAACGGAGCUAGUCGGUUUAAUCCCCGAAAGUGUGUCAUAUGCAGUGAGCAUCACCCGUUAUACCAGUGUUCAACAUUCUCGAAGAUGCCCUUAGAAGACAAGGAGAGGGAAGUACGUCGUCAUCAGCUAUGUCGUAAUUGUUUGCGUAGGGGACACUUAGCCAAAGAUUGUUCGUCAUCCAGUACGUGUCGCAAAUGUCAAGGUCACCAUCAUACUCAAUUGUGUGCUCGUGGGGUUAAUCAUGGGAAGUCAAUAGAUUCGUCUGCCUCCAAACAAUCAUCUUCGCAAUUGCCCGAACAGCAAUCAGCACCGUCAAUAUCAGCCACUGUCGUCGAACGUGUCAACUACUCGACAUCGAGCCACGGGCGGCAAUUCGUUCUUUUAGCUACUGCCGUCGUUAUCUUAGUAGACAACAACGGAAACCAGCACACUGCAAGGGCACUUUUAGACUCCGGUAGUGAGUUCUGCUUUAUUAGUGAGGCUCUCGCCCAAACACUCAAAGUUCAGCGAAAAAAGAUAUCACUCCCGAUCGCGGGAAUCGAGCAAUCAUCCACUCAGGCCCGCCAGAAAUUUGCAACGACAGUACGGUCACGCAUCAGCAAUUACACUGCUAAUGUAGAGUUUCUAGUCCUCCCAAGGCUCACUGUAGACUUACCAACAGCUUCUGUUGACAUCACAUCUUGGCGAAUCCCACCUGAAAUCCAAUUAGCAGAUCCAUCAUUUUGUAAGGCCAAUCCAGUCGACCUCAUCCUAGGCGUCGAAAUCUUUUUCCAUCUCUUCAAGGUGUCAGGCAGAAUUCCAUUAGGCGACUCGAUGCCAGUGCUUGUAAACUCGGUACUUGGCUGGAUAGUAGCGGGAAAGACCACGCACUGCAAGCCCAUCGCUCCCGUUGUGGCGAACGUAGCUACAAUUUCUGAUAUACAUAAAUUGAUGGAAAAUUUUUGGACAUUAGAGGAAGGUCAUUCGUCUCCCUGCUAUUCGGUAGAAGAAGCGGAAUGCGAGGAACAUUUCCGUCAAACCGUCUCUCGUGCGCCAGAAGGACGGUAUAUCGUCAGACUCCCACUAAAACGGGACACACUAGCCAAUUUAAGCGAUAAUCGCGGCACUGCUAUCAGACGGUUUCAUUUGUUAGAACGUCGGUUAGCACGUAACGAAGAGUUAAGUCAAAGGUAUAGCGAAUUUAUGGACGAAUACUAUACUCUCGGACACAUGGAACGUGUCGACAACCCGCAAGAAAUAACUAAACCUUAUUUUCACCUCCCCCAUCAUGCCGUGGUACGUGAGAGCAGCUCAACAACGAAGGUACGAGUCGUCUUCGAUGCUUCGUGCAAGUCAACCAGUGGACCAUCUUUAAAUGACGCUCUGAUGAUAGGUCCAAUCGUGCAAGAUGAGUUAAGGUCCAUCAUCAUGCGUUCUCGGAAGCAUUCGGUAAUGCUCAUCGCAGACAUUAAGCAAAUGUAUCGGCAAAUUCUGCUGCACGAGCAGGACAUUCCUCUGCAAUGA